GGUUAGGUUAAAAAAAAAAAAAAAGAGAGAGAAAAAAGAAAAAAAAAGGAAGAAUUUCUCAGAUUACUGGCAAAAAACAAUUAAACAAUGAAAGGUCACCAGGUACUCGCUAACAGGCCACCGCUCCGGUGUGUUAACACAAUUGUGACUCUGAAAGCUACCCCGAAACAGAGCCAAAUCGACACACUGCUGUGCACACUCCCAGUUCAGGAGUGGGCUCAGAGCAAAGUUUCCAUGUCCGGCUCCAAAAGAUUAUCAUGGCACUGAAGUCUCCACAGUGGGGACAUCUCAGCCAAUGCUUUUGCUGUGGGUUUCCACCUCCGCUAUAGAGCCAAUAACAAUGUCCAUGCGGGGACAGAAGGAUGCUGAGUUGUCUUGGAUAAGGAGAUUAACACUGGCGAGGUCUAGCUCAGGUCCACUGUGAGUCUGCUUUGAAGCCUUAGAGGCAGAGUCCUUAUAAGCAGAAGAAGGAGGGAAAAAAAUGGGUUAAAAGAGACUUUUGUCAAAAAACAAAACAAAACAAAACAAAAAAAGCAGCAGGGAAGAAGACACUUGGAGAGGCUGUGGGCAAGAGAUCAAGGACAAAACAAGAGGAAAGGUGGAGAAUUCAAGCGGGAACCUUCCUGACAUGUGUUUGGAGCUCGCAAAGUGGGAGGAGAAACAAACUAAUUAGUAGUAUCAGAACAGGAGCCAUGCUAGCCUAUAAAAGCUGGUGGGGCAUUUUCUUUUUCUAUCGGAGCCCUUCUGCACCAACCAGCCAAGCAACAGCUCUCUGAACUCAUCGAGAAGCCCACUCUUGAAAGACACAUCACCUGAUGGACAGAGACAAAACGAAUGUGAAUUUAAGCUGCUCUGCUGGCCAGAACAAGCCCAUGAUCUCCCAUCAAGCACUCCGCUGUUGAAUACUCUGGAAGAACAGCCUCAGAACAUCACCAUGGAAAGCAGCACUGAUGUUAAGAUAGAAACCAAGGGGGAGAGAAAGGCAAGAAAGCAGAAUCCAUUGAGCAAAAGUGGAAAGGGGAUCUGCAAAGCUGUUGGCUACAUCACUGGCGACAUGAAGGAAUUUGGAGGCUGGCUAAAAGAUAAAACUUUCAUGAUCCAGUUUAUUGACUGGGUGCUGCGUGGGAUAUCCCAGGUGAUGUUUGUCAAUAAUCCUCUUAGUGGGCUAAUCAUAGUUGCUGGCUUCCUGGUGCAGAAUCCUUGGUGGACACUCACAGGCUGUUUGGGAGCAGUUGUCUCAACUUUAACAGCACUUAUUCUGGGCCAGGACAGAUCGGCCAUAGCAGCAGGCCUCUAUGGUUACAACGGGGUCUUGGUGGGAUUGCUCAUGGCUGUCUUCUCUGCUAAGGGAGACUACCACUGGUGGCUUCUACUUCCAGUAGCACUGGUGUCCAUGACAUGCCCCAUUUUCAGCAGUGCUUUAAGCUCAGUCUUCAGUAAGCGGGAUCUGCCUGUUCUCACCCUGCCUUUCAACUUGGCCUUGACUCUCUAUCUGGCUGCCUCAGGACCCUAUAACCUCUUCUUCCCUACAACUCGCAUUCAGCCUGCAACAACAACACCCAACAUCACCUGGACUGAUGCUGAAGUGCCAAUGCUGUUUCGAUCUAUUCCGGUCGGAGUUAGUCAGAUAUAUGGCUGCGAUAACCCCUGGACUGGGGGAAUUUUCCUGGUUGCUCUAUUUAUCUCUUCUCCACUCCUUUGUCUGAACGCGGCAAUUGGAUCAGCAGUGGGGAUGCUGGCAGCACUGAGCUUAGCAACACCUUUUAGCAAGAUCUACUCCGGCUUGUGGAAUCACAACAGCUCCCUGUCUUGCAUUGCAAUUGGAGGCGUGUUCUAUGCUUUCACCUGGCAGACACAUUUGCUGGCAAUUGCUUCUGCACUCUUUAGUGCCUAUCUGGGAGCAACACUGGCUAAUAUGUUCGCUGUGUUUGGAUUGCCAUCAGGAACCUGGUCUUUCUGUUUAUCUGCACUGAUGUUCCUGUUAAUAAACACAAACUGCUCUGCCAUCUACAAGCUACCCCUCUGCAAGGUCACCUAUCCAGAAGCCAACCGAGCUUAUUAUCUGAAGAUGAAAAAGUCUUCCUGUGAGGUAUAAAAGCCCAAGAAGAGAGAUACUUUGCAGAGUGUAAGGCAAAAGCAGAAGGUAUUUCCCUAAAGGUGAUCUGUGUGCUACAAAGUCAAAAGACAGAAAAAGUCGCUGCCUUCUGAGUGAAGAGACUUUUACCUGCACAUUUGUUCGUUCCGUUCUGUUUAGAUAGAAUCGCACUGUGUUGGAAGAACCCCUCCCAAGACCAAUCUGUAAUGAUUUAAGAGCAUAUACGCUUAAAAGGACACUUGAAUUUUAAGCAGUGGGGAAAUGACUUAGAAGUUGAAAAGAAAACUCUGCUCAUGAAAUCCAGGACACGCCAAUCAGAUGUAAAGCAAUGAAGAAAAGAACAUCUCGUGGCAUCUGAUGAUAUUCCUAAUUUACGUCUAACACCAGCUUACCACAGCAAUAGGGUAUGUCUUAGAGAGCUUCAUAGUAGCAGAGAACUGGAAAAAGACUGUCUUUUGCUAAAUAGAAAAUAUAUGGUGGAGAAUUCUACCUGGAGGCUCUCUCCAGCCUAGCAGAGAAGUCCAUUAAUAAUCACUGCUCAUCCUGGGCACAGGAUGGACACAGAUAAAUUAGGGGCAGUGUUGCUAACACAUGCAAGACUUGUGGUAAAAAUCACAAUAACUGGGGGUUUGUGAAGUCCUAGCUUUUGGAUGUUUUAGUCUACACGACUCUAACAUUUUGUAAAGAAUUUCAGGUGUGCCCACCCAGCGGCAGAGAAAAGUCUGUAAAUCUGAUGCCAAGAAGGCAAAUGUCAGUGAAAAGAAUCUUUUUCUUAAAAGAAAAACCAAAAAAAAAGCCGAAAACACCCAUGAUUUUAUGUUAAUCUCAUGUUGUUUAACAGACUUGGUCAUGGGUUGCAAAAGUAGGAGACAGCAGCAGAGUCACUGUUAUCCCAUCCAUAUAUAAUGAAAUGGCUCCUUUUAGACUGUGCCAUAAAUAGAAUUAAUUUGAUCUUAUCUCCUUGAUCUCCCUUCCUAAGCCUUCCCCCAACAACCUACAAACAUCCAGCAGGAAAGCAGUGCAUGUCCCAGCCUGAUGCUGAGUCACAGCUCUGCCAUCUCCCCUCUGCCGCUGGCAUCAGAAGGAGAUGGACACUGGCCAGGUGAAUUGUAGCACAGAUGACCAACAUCUCUUGUCAACUCAGGUCCUGGAGAACCUCAUGGCAGGAGAUGAGUGUAGGUGAGCUCUGCAACAGACAAGUGGUGUGCUACCCUUGCAUAGAUUCCUAGGGUCUGGAGAUAGCAAAGGAGGAAGUUGACUUUGCACCCCACAGACAGACUCUGGUGGCUACCUCAAUGGGUGUUAUCUCAGCCACCUUUCUACUUGACUCAUCAAGAUGAGUCAAGCCCAUGAACCUGCUUUGUCACCAUCCUCCCUACCCUAAAUCCCAAAUAAAUUUAAGACUGGCAAUAAGGAAGAUGACCAUUCCAGGUGAUAAACUACCAUAGGGUAUGCAAAGGACUUUAAGGAAUAAUUGUCAGAGAGUGUUCGGCUUCUAAUCUGGGUUUCUGUGAGAUGCAUAGCUGGUGUUGAAACUAGAUACGCAGCAGAAACAGAUAGAGGGGUCACCAACCAGAGAAUACAAGCCAGAUUCUGACUUCUUCAGUAUAAAUACUUACCUCCAUACUCAGGUCCUUCAGUUGGCAUUAGUCUACACGCAGUAAAGUUGCUCGUAGGAAAGUGGCUCAAAAUCUGUUUCUCUCGUGGCAGAGUAAAUAAAAAGUAGAUUGUAAAUACAGUAGCUGAUUUAUGAGGCUGAGAAAGGAAAAUGUCUUUUAUAAACACCAAAAAGAUCUAAGUGAAAAAUAUAUGCAAUGAACUGCUGGCAAUAUUUUCUGGUGAAGUGCCAGGUUUUCAAAUGUUUGACAGUAUUUCUUUAUGAAUGUCACUUCAGAGAUCACUUGUAAGGUGUAUCAUUUGCUAUGUUUUCCUUGGUAAAUAUGUACAUAACAUUUUGUGGUGUUAAUUUAAAAAAAAUACUCAUA